GGAGUUCAGGACAGUCUGAAUCUCUUCUCUGCCGUUGCUUCUCGAGCCAUCUCCUUGAUCGAGCUGUCGCCGAAUCCCGAUCGCCAAGGCAGUCAAUCGUCCUGACAGCCGAUAAUACAACGUCACGUUUUGGACCAUUUAAGACUGCCCGUACCAUACAUCCUUUUCAUUGCUAUCAUCGAUUUCUAUUUCUGAGACUUGUGCCCAGCUGGCUGGUUUCCUGGCUUCUCUAUCGGAAGGGGGAUCUGCCACGCGAUAAGCUCUAACCAUCAAGGGGAAUAUUGACGCCCUGAAGAACAAGCCAAUUGACGUACAAACCUCGAAAGAUUCCUGACUUUAAUAAGCUUAGGAAUAGCCCCUCGAACAUCAGACCCAACAUCCAUCAUGUUUUCUUCAUCUAAGCCGUAUUCUGCCGUCACCGUGCAGAUCGAACUACUAACAAGCGAAAAUUAUGAAGUGGAUGACUCAAGUGGUAUUGUUGACCUCAUCGAGGCCAUACGCAUACAGCAUACUGGUCCAACCGAGGCUAGUCGUGCUUUGAGAAAGAAGCUAAAGUAUGGAAAUGUCCAUCGGCAAUUACGAGCCCUUAGCAUUCUUGAUUUUCUCAUCCAGAACGCUGGUGAGCGCUUCCUGCGGCUGUUCGCAGACGAGCCUUUACUUGAGCGACUGCGAAUCGCUGCUACAGACCCAGUUUCCGACCCGCAUGUUAAAGAGAAGUGCAAGCAGCUUUUCGGGCAGUGGGCAGUAUCGUACAAAGACACCCCGGGAAUGGAGAAAGUGACUGCUCUUUACCGACAGCUUCCAAAGCGUAAUCAGCCUGCAAAAGUGGCCAAGGCCAAAAUUCUCCAAGAGAGUAGCGCAUCGAAUGAACCACCACUGGGGCACUCCGUUUCCAUCUCCGCCGGCAAUGGACCGCCAACCCUUCUCUCAUCUCCUAAGGCGCCAGCGAGUCACAAAUCGAAGAAGAAGGAAAAGAAGAAGCCAUCCCAUGAAAGAAGCUUUAGCAUAGCGAAAGAGAGGCCAGAAAUCCUUAAUACCCUUGCUGCUGCCUCUGUUGCCAGCACCAAUCUGUUGAAUGCCGUCAGACUGGUCAACCGCGAGAGCCACCGAGUCAGCGAAGACGCGGAAGCGGUUCAUCAAUUUGAUCUGUGCAAGGAACUCAGACGCAAAAUUCUCCGCUAUAUCCAGGUCGUGGAGAGUGAGGAGUUUCUAGGCAGCCUUAUUCAUGCGAAUGAGGAACUAGUCACAGCUCUCAUGGCCUUUGAAGUUCUAGACAAGAGUCUUGACCAAGACAGUGACAGUGAUGAGGAUGUCUUGGGGGGCAGGCGGUCUCCCGGCCACAGAUUUGAAGAUCAGACCAUGAACGAGAGAUUCUCCGGGCUUACCAUUAAUCCUCCGAAACCCCCCCGUCCUCCCCGUUCCGCUCGACCCACGAGCCUGUCACUUCCAGCAUCCUCCAAGCCUAACCAAUGGACAUAUCACAGCGACACUGAGUCAGAGUCGGAUAAUGAUGACGACGAUGAGAACAACCCAUUUGGAGAUCGAAACGCGAUUCGUACGCCGGCCGUAGAGAAAUCGGAACCCACAUGGAACUAGUCUAGCUGGAGCAUUGAAUAUGCACUGACACUCUUUGUUGAUUGGGAAGCUUGACAUUUUUAUCAAGACUGGUGUUCUGUCGUAUUUCUGAAGUGAUUGAUGCUUUCCAUCCAUUCCUUUCGGCGGUGUUGCACACUUGUUCCCUCUCUCGCAGUGGCUGGCAUGUAUGUACCCACAGAUCCACGUACAGCAUUGGCCUUGCAGCCAGCCACGUUCUGUACGGAUACUGUCUUUCCCUCCUGCGCGGAAUCCCGCAUGGUUUUAUGAUAAAUGACCGACAUGUCAGUAAUAGAAGAUAGUAUCAAUACCCCGUAGAUACCAUUUCCAGGGUACAAGCCUCUACGCGUUAUGCAUCAGUAAUCCCAUAAACUCAAUGUGUUGUCCACCAUACCAGUCGGGGCGAAGCUGCGGAGAACCUAACGAGCAUGGACAGAGCCAUGACCGGCCAUGCAGAACGGAUAGAGUAACGAUAACUGACCUGUUUCGCCGAUAGAUGAGGUGGACGAGGAAGGAGUGCAAGAUGUCAAGAUGAUGGCCGACAAAGACAGCACGGCCGACUGAUUGGCGGCUGCGCCGUGGCCUGACAUGGAUGGCCAGGACGCGGACUCUUUAUCAGACGUCUUUUGGGCUUCUGUGCUUAAUCCACGCCUGUCCCUCUUUCUCAUCUGCUGCCCG